AUAUGAUUUAAUUUUGUCAAAUUUAGGGUUCAUGGCUAUAACGAGCUUGGCGCCCGAAGAAGAAGAAGAAGAGGCCCCCGUGGCGAAUGUAGCGCCACCCCAGCAGGCGGCCACCACUGCUGAUCUGUUUAGUUGCCUUCACGCCAUCUUGAAUCAGUUCGAGGAGGCUGAAGGGGCUGCGGAUUUGGAGCUCCGGGACAAGCUCAGUGAUCUCUUCGCCGAAACGAGCAAAGUUCCUGCGCCUGCGGAGGAUAUCGAGAACCAGCUUAGCGAUUUGAGCGAGAGGAUGGAACUCUUAGAAGCCAAAGUCGCGGAAUUGGCCCAGGACGAAGAGGCCGAGAGCCUCUUGAGAGAGACUUCUAAGCUGUGGAUGCCAGUCAUCACGGGGGAGCGAUCAAACGCCAUGGCCUCGUCGCCUCCAGACGAAAGUAGAUAGAUCUUUCAAAGCUCACACAUCUUUGAGGCUUCCAUUGACAGCUUAGCUUCCAAGACAUAGAUCCUCGACCAUCUUCGUGCUUGAAGAACGCUUGGAAGGCAUUCAAGAUGUCCAACAAGAUUCUUCGAGAAUGAUAAUAACGUGAACAAGUUGAGGUC